GCUAGUUGUCAACAAUGGGCGAUAGUGAGCAGGUAGAGUGGACGUUUAUGAAAUUAUACCUUAACGAUAUUGGAAACGCUCUUUCAGAUAAAUCUGGAACAUGGAUGUCGAAAAGAAAAAUGUUUUGCAGCAGAAUGGGCGCAAUGAACACGCAUCUCAGUGCAAGAGGCGUCAGUAUCCAGGCUGCAUCACAUCCGGCCGUGAUUGGGAGUCUCUCAUAGGGUGGCGCGCAAUUGGCCCUGCAUUGUCCGGGUUUGGCUGGGAACCGGCUGCCUAUCAUGAAGAAGAACAGGUAGGGGUGACACCCACUCAAAGGUCUGAGAGGCAGCUGAGAACUCCCCAGAGAAACUCCAGGUGGCAAAGUCCCAGGACGCAUUCUAAACACCUGACAGAAGAAGAGAGGGGCUUUUCUCCUGUGUCUGGGUCUGGGGAGGAGAGCGACAAGGAGGCCUCCCCACCAAAAAGGAGGACCACAAUAAGCAGCUCAAAGACAAGAACCAAGUCUCACACAAAGGAUUAUGAUGACUGUUCUGGGACAGAAUCUGGCAAGCAGCCAGAGAAGAGCACACAAAGAAAGAAAGGGCACAGCAACUCAAAAAAUAAUAAGACUAAUACUCACUGUAAGGAGGAAGAUAAUGACAACUUGUCAGACAAACCAACUAUGGUGGCUUCCCCCAGAAAAAGGAGCAGGCAAUGUAGUGACUUCAAUGUAUUUGAAGCAGAGGCUGAACCAAAUAAUACUGUGUCUGAGCCUGAGGUGGAGGUAGUUGUGGAGGGGGAGACUGAAGUGGCGUCUGCUUCAAAGAGGUGGAAACAGAACAACACCCCCAAAACAACUAAGCAUCAUGCCGAGGACAAAGCUGAGAGUGAACAUUAUGAGUUGGUAGAACAGGCUGACGAGACUCCCAUUAGAAAAAAACUUAGCAAGUCUAAAAAGAUAAGAACGAGGACUCCCUCUGAAGACACGGAAGAUGAAAGUGACCACUUUGAGACGGAAGGACAUGCUGCAGCUGAAGACACUACCCUCAGAAAAAGACAGAGGAGGUCGAUGGAAUCUAGAAAGAAGAGCUCCAAGAGUCCUUCGAAGAAAGCCAGCGAUGCAGAGAGUGAUGUUGAAUCAGGCAAACAUGUUUCCAAGAGUCUGCCUAAGGACUUACAUGAAGAAGAGAGUGACCAAGAUGCUGAGACACAGUCUAAGAACCUCCGUGAGGAGAGUGACCAAGACUCCCAGACGGAGCCUAAAGGCUUAGGUGCAGAGAAGUGGCACCGCUCUGACCAUCCAGAGGAGGAGACAGAACAGAAGGUGUUACCUACAAAGAGAGAAAGAGGACCCAAGAGCAUGAAGACCGUGAAGUUAGAUUCCAACUCUGACUCUGAAAAUGUCACUGUUAAAAACAAAGGCAAAAAGCAAGGUGCCUCGGGUUUGAAGGCACCAAGAGUAAGAUUUAGACCACCUGUAGAGAAAAAGAAAAGGGUGAAAAUACUUCAUAUUUGCAGUUUCUGUGAAAAGGUCCUGCCUAACAGGGAUGCUCUGGGUAGGCACCUUCAGCGUCACACAGGGGAGAAGCCUUACCACUGUGAAGAGUGUGGCAAAGACUACGGCAGCAAAAACACCCUGAAGAUUCACAAUAUGCAGGUUCACCACAAGGGGACAAAGGACUUCAUAUGCAAUGAGUGUGGUCAACAGUUUACCCACUUCACGUACCUCAAACGCCACCUGUACUCCCACACGGACAAGGAAAAGAGGCCACACCUGUGCAAUGUGUGUGGGAAGCAUUUCAUCCAGAAGUCCCACCUGGACCGUCACAAGAUGAUUCACACCGGAGAGAAACCAUUCAACUGCGAACACUGCGCCAUGGCCUUCAAUCGGCCGGACUCCCUGCGGAUGCAUCUGAAGCUACAUGUGUCGGGUAGUGAGGGGCCAAAUCUGGCAGAGCAAGAGAAGACUAAGUGCACAGCGUGUAAGAAGAGCUUUGUCAACCCAAAUUACCUCAAAGUCCACAUGAGAAUACACACGGGGGAGAGGCCAUACAAGUGUGAGGACUGUGCCAAGAGCUUCACCCAGAUCAGUAUUCUCAACGCGCACCGGCGCACGCACACUGGAGAGAAGCCACACCAGUGCAAAGCGUGCGGCAGCUGCUUCACCCGUCGCAAGUACCUGGAUGAUCACAUAGGCAGAAAGCAUGGUUCUUUAGAGCAAAUGAAUGAACAGCAGGAUGAACAAUGAUACCUGAGUUUUUAGGUGUUGUGACUUAAUGUGUGUAACACAUAAUAUAAAUAUUGAAGAUCAGGCAAGGCUGGACUGUUGCCUAGUAGUUUCUCUUGUGAUGUUGCAGGAUGUUUUUUCCUGUCAUGCCAUGAUAAAAAUACUGUUUUGGCUUUAUAGUGGCGCCCAUUCUGAAAAUGGAUAUGUAGCCUUCGAGAUCAUUCCUUUGAAUCUAUACUAAAUUUUGAUGGUCCACACAAUUUACUGUAAUGCUUUAUUGGUUUGCAAAAGUACGUGGACGGCUGCUCAUCGAAUAUCUCAUUCCAAAAUCCUUGGCAUUAAUACGGAGUUGGUCCCCCCCUUUGCUGCUGUAAAAGCCUCCACUCUUUUGGGAAGGCUUUCCAUUAGAUGCUGGAACAUUGCUGCAGGGACUUGCUUCCAUUUAGCCACAACAGCGUUAGUGAGGUCGGGCGCUGGUGUCGGGCAAUUAGGCCUGGCUCACAGUCGUCCCAAUUCAUCCCAAAGGUGUUUGAUGGAGUUGAGGUCAGGGCUCUGUGCAGGCCAAUCAAGUUCUUCUCAACAAACCAUUUCUGUAUGGACCUCGCUUUGUGUACGAGGGUAUUGUCAUGCUGAAGCAGGAAAGGGCCUUCCUCAAACUGUAGCCACAAAGUUGUAAGCACAGAAUUGUUGGAAGCACAGUUAUUGACAGACAAUUUUUACAUGCUAGGCGCUUCAGCACCUGGCGGUCCCGUUCUGUAAGUUUGUGUGGCCUACCACUUCGCGGCUGAGCCGUUGUUGCUCCUAGACGUUUCCACUUCACAAUAACAGCACUUACAGUUGACUGUGGCAGUUCUAGCAGGGUGGAAAUUGGACAAACUGACUUGUUGGAAAGGUGGAAUCCUAUGAAGGUCACUGAGCUCUUCAGUACUGGCCAUUCUACUGCCAAUGUUUGUCUCUGGAGAUUACAUGGCACAGAGUUAUACAUGGAAUAAACAAACGUACAAUCAAUAACACAAUAGGAAAAAAUCUAUAUACAGUGAGUGCAAAUGAGGUAAGAUUAGGGAGGUAAGGCAAUUAAAUAGGCCGCAUUAGCGAAGUAAUUACAAUUUAGCAAUUAAACACUGGAAUGGUAGAUGUGCAGGUUGAAAUGAAUUGGACAUAAGAAACAGCAUCUUCGUACUUUUCUUUCUUUCAACAAUAACUCUGGGAGGUAAAACAUUGGAGAGUGGUAAUUGAGUCAUGCAUAAUGUCAGACAAAAAAAAGUUGAAUCUAAUGUCUCUGCAGUCAUUGUACCUGUCUAAUAUGCAUAAUAUUGCGUGAAAUAAUCCCUUAAUAACAAAUAAGGCUUGUAUAUGUUGACGUAUAUAAGGCAUGUGCUUUAACUCCGUUAUACUGUAUUUACCAGACACUGUUUAUCUAGUGGGGUGAUGAUCGUGCUGUGCAAUACUGUUUGCUGAUAGAAUAUCUGCCGUGAUUACCACAUCCUGUUCUACGAUACAUAAACCCUGUAAAGGUUCUCGCUGUUAUGUUGUUAUUUGUUGGUUCGACCCUUAAAAUACUUCACAUAUAGACCGACCAUCUGUCAUGUUGACAGGUUUUGUUAAUAAGAGGAUCCUGUGGAAAUAAAUAAAGUCAUUUGGAAACAG